AUGGACAUCAAGUUUUGCAAGACCAACCUCCUCAUUGAUCAAAUGGUAGUGAAUGAGAAAUACCAAUUCAAGUUCACACACCCCACGGCUGGCCCUUCCAAGAUGCUCUUGCCCAACCCAAGCUUCACAACAGUUGUAGAACGCAACCACAUUGACGUCAGCCCCCAUUACACACAUUGGUUGGGCAUGAAGAUGAUUUGCGAGAAGAGGAGCCUGAACUCGAUCGAGUUGAGGCUCGAGCUGAGGACCGAGCCCAAGUGGAUGAGGAUUUGGACGAGCCUGAUUGCCAUUACUUUGAGGAGUUGA